UCCGGUAAAAUGGCCGCGACCAAGAUGAUUGCGUGAACAUAUUGAAAGUUAAAGUAUAAAAAGAUUGAAACACUGUCAAGGUUGUUUUACUUGAGAGUACAUUUCAGGACAAUAGUUGUAGAGUGAUCCGAAGAAAAUGCCAUCCUCGGGAGGGAAGAAAGGAGCGCAGCGUACGAAGGGAAAUGUCAAACCGUCAAGUAGCAGUCAAGCUGCAGAACUGUUGGCCCAGACGGGUGCAGGGAGAACCGGGUUUAUCGGGUUUGGAUCAAUGGGAUCACCUGCAUAUGUCCCGGCCAGCGAAUCAUUUGAUGAUGUGGACAGCAGUUUGGACUCCGACUUCAGAAUGGUGCUCCGCAAGUUGUCCAAGAGAGACAGUACAACCAAAAUCAAGGCGCUCCAGGAGUUUGCAGCUCUUUGUGAAGAAAAAGGAGAAGAAUGCUUGAAAGGAGUUCUCCCAUUUUGGCCUCGAAUAUACAACAAGAUGUCCAUUGAUGUGGAUCAUCGGGUGCGGGAGGCCACCCAGCAGGCCAUGACGACCCUCGUAUCCCGCGUACGUCGCAACAUCGCCCCCUACCUGAAGAGUGUAAUGGGAAGCUGGCUACUGAGCCAGUGUGAUACGUACCCAACCGUAGCAUCAUCAGCCACACAGGCUUUCCAGGCAGCCUUCCCUCCGGCCAAACAAACCGAUGCCAUCGACUACUGCAAGACUGACAUCACUGAGUUCCUGGUGGACAACCUGACCACACAGACGCCGGCCACUCUCAGUGAGCCCAAGACCAGCUCCCUGGAGGAGAUGGAGACCAGGUACAACCGCGUCGUCACGUCGUCUUUCCUGGCGCUGAGGAAGAUGCUGUUGUCCCUCCCUGCCGACUCCCCUGCUGCCCUCACUGGACACAUGCAGGGACUGUUGAAUGAUGGGAAGUUCUGGAAACACUCCAAGUCCUCCAUCAGCAGUAUCAAGAGUGGACAGUAUUCAUUCUGUGCCAGCCUGUGUCAGAUAUUGCCAGCUGUUGCUCAGGAUUACAUCUCCAAGUUAUCUCCCCUUAUAUUGCACAACAUUGACAGUUCCGAUCCAGUCGUUUGUUCAGCUCUCUGGGAAGCUGUUCUCUCAUUGGUCAAAUACCUACCUGAGUCCUGGAAUCAUGUGUCAUGGCCAAAGGCAUUUUGGCCCAAAUUACGCACUUUGUUGGAGAAAGGUUGCCAUGGAAAUGCUUCAGUUAUUGGCCCCAAUCUUCUGCCUCUCUUGAGCCAGAUUCCAGGAAGUCUGUCCGGAGAACCCAAGAAGUUCUACAUGGAACUGUUCACCUGCUUCAGGACGGGCCUGAGUGUAGAGAGCCUGCAGCUGAGUGUGAGUGAGAGUUCGGCCCUGGUCACUGCACUGUUUGAGUGUUGUCAGUACACCGUGAAGGAGCUGGCCGAAAGCCAGGGGGAGACAAUCAACUGUCUGUUGCUGGACCAGAUGUUGCCUGUGGUGGAGUCCUCCCUGGUAGAGACCAAGUCCACCCUGUACAAGACUCCCCUGUAUGGCUUGUUCGCCCAGCUCACCACAGCCCUAGAGAGGACGGACAGCGGGGCGUCGCUGGCCACCAUGUGCUACAGGAACCUGCUGCAGAUGAUCGAGGAAACGUACCCCACCCUCGCCAACACCCCGCACUUCCACACCUUCUCCAGCAGACUUCUCUCCCUUGUGUCAGGGCAACUCAGGCCCAACUCUGUCAUGAAGGCCAAGACAGACAAGGUGAAGUUUGCCGAUGAUUUGACUGUUGAAGACUUGAAGCUUGAUCCGGUCGAGAUGUGUGGAUCCAGUCAGGUGUUCGUCAACUCAGUGUCCAGCUACGUGUUUACAAAAUGUUUACGAGCUGAGGGCAUGGAGUUUCUCAGUGUGUUUUCAAGGAUAUUUAAACUUUACAGCUCAAAGGAGAUGUUAGAGAAGUUGUUGACUAUUUCCUCACUGGAAGCAGGGACCAAUGUUUACUUAAGUUUUGUGAGUGGUGUGAUCAUUCCAUGGGUAAACAAGGAGCAGACGUCAGACAAGGAGCAGACGUCAGACAAGGAGGAGCAUGUCAUGUGUCUGUUGGAUGUGAUAAUGGUGUGUCUGUCACAGGUAGAGGACAGCCAAGCCCUAGAUAUCAUGACACAGCUUGCAAAGGGUCUGACAAGUCCAGUGUUACUGUGUAACCUGAUCACCAAGGCCCUGGAGAUACAUGACUCCACACCAUCUGUGACUUCAUGGCUGAAGAGUUCCGUGCUGACUGACAGGAUUAUCUCCCUUGGUGAUGAGAUCUGCAAGAUGAGCAUCGAGAGCUCAGGAAACCAGGACGUCCUUGAACAUGGCUGGGCUCUGAUAACUCUCGUCCUGUCAGCUACCAUCAAUGAAGCUCCAGUAUUUGAUGCUGCGUGUAUCGAGCAGACUUUGGCGGUCAUCCUGAAGACUCUGCAGAAACUCGGCACCAGCGGAACCAAGGACAGAGUCGACAAGGCUGUCACAUUUGUUGCCAAGGCAACAAAGACAUUCUUCCAGAAUUUGAUGGUGUGUCCCUCUCUGGACUCCGUGGAGAACCUGAUGCUGGCUCUGUUCACAGUCUACAUAGACACCGACUACCCUGUCACUGAUCAGACCCGUGAGGAUGUGCACGAAGCCCUGGACUGUGGCCUGUACGUGAUUGUCAGUCAGACAGGGGCGUAUCUCCGCAGCGGUGGUUUCCUGGAGAAGGCAGCAGACCUUGUACAUAUGUUGAUCUCAACUCGCACUCAGACUUUGGCUGUGUUGCAGCAUGUGUGUCGGUGUGUGAGCAGCCUGCUGACAACACUGAGGGACAACCUGCCUGAUGCCAGCCACACUGACCCAACCAUACAGGCCCUGGUCAACACACUCUACAUACCACCUAAGGGAGAUAACUACGCUCAGAUACAGGAGUACAUGACCAUCAGUGGACUACUGUCCUUGACAAGUCUCGCCAAGAGACGGCCGACAACCACCUUGACGCAGUUGAUGUUCACCACGCUCUUCAACGCUGUGCUCCUCACGUACAAGGGGUCGGGUGACAUGACCUUGACCCUGACCAGGAAGGCCUCUGUGACAUCUAUCACAUCGAAAGAACAGGGUCAAGAUGGAAGGGAGAUAACUGCUGUGGCAUGGGAGAAGGAAGACCUGGAGAGAUUGUUGGAUUGCCUGACACAGAGUGUCAUCACCCGCUGGUGGGCUGAGAAUGACAAGAAGGUUCACCGCUUCCCGGAUUUGACGUCUGGGCUGGACCAGCUGAAGGUGAAGGUCAUGAGUCUGGUCACCGUCCUGGACAGUGAGAGUCAGAGGAAGCUUCUCAACAUGGCCGUCACAAGGUCGGAGGAAACAGGAGGCAUUGCUUCAGUUUCAUUGUCUACGUUGUUGGAUAUCCUCAAGACCAGCCAAUCAGAAGUCAGCUUGUCCGAUGAUGCUGUCAUUGACAGAUGCUGCACCCUGACUCCCAACCUGCUCCACACCCUUCAGUGUAGCACGAGCUAUGUCAGCGACCACGCCCGCCUCACCGCCGCACAGAUCCUCAAUGCCCGAUUCAUCACCACCCCGGCGGACUCCUCCACAGAGGUUGAUGGUGGUGUUGGACUGUUGGGUGUCCUGAACAUGACCUUGCCCCAUAUUGGUACUGAAAGGUCAGAAGUUAAGGACAUAUACAGGUCAACACUCAGCCAGAUCAUCCUGUGGAAACAGGAAACUGAAGAUCUCAUGUUGUUUACCUGCGACCUGGCGGAGACGAACCCAGACAAGAUGGCCGCCAAUGUGGAAGUGAUGAAGUUGGUGCAGCUGUACGUGACCCUCCUGCCCCAGGAGUUGGGGGACACUGACUGGGACUUCAUCCUGUGCAGCACCAUCGCAUGGGUCCAGACGGUGGUGGAGAGCGAGCACCUGCUGGCCAGCCUGACGCCGGUCAGCGUGUUCGCCAUCAGGGCCUGUCAGCUCCUGGGGGACGUCGUCAACUGUAUCGAUACCCGGAUACGGACGUCACCAACCAGCUUCCCUGACAACCUCCUCACAGAGUGGGACGAGUUCUUCAGCGAGGGAGUCUUCAGCAUUCUCCUGCCUCUGUAUGUCAGGCUAGUAGCCAAGUCCCUGCAGACAACAGGAGGUGGUCUCCAUGACAACGUCAUCAGCUCUAUGGGUCUUGCUAUCUCCCACUGCCCCAAACAGCACGUGCUGGGUCACCAGUUGCCUGCCAACCUAGUAGCAGAAGAGUUGUCUCCCCUGCCAGACUCUCUACAGUCCCUGCUCAACACGUUCAGUCCCAUGAUGCUGUGCAGUAGUGCGUCCGUGCAAGUCACAGCCUUCCAUGUGCUCAACAGAGUUGUGAGUGAGCUGCCGGCCUAUGAACAGGUGGACAAGGACGAGGUGGAACAGCUGCAGGAGGAGGACAAGAGAAACGAUGAGUCCAGUAAACCGCCUCAUGCUGUCAACAAGGUGUGUAUGGAGGGCGCUGCUGCCAUGGACAUCGUCUUGUGUGAUGCAGGUCUGGAGGACUGCCUCACCAUCGCUCCCAACACAGAUGAAUACAAGUACACCAUGGGAUACCUGUUGUCAUGGAAACUCAUCCUCAAGCUGUUUAAGAGUAGUCCUUCCGAGCUGAGGGCAAGGUAUGCUGUGUACUUCAAGGAGACAGGUAUCGUCAAUCACCUGCUGGUUCACCUGUACCAACUGAUGCCUGACACCCCCGUCACACCCGACACACAGACCAGCUACUUCAAGGACACGCCGUCCCUGCUGCCAACAGCACGUCCCAGGUCAUGUGACAUCAAGCAGCUGUCAUGUGACGUGUAUCGACAGUGUCUGGAGACAAUCCCAGCGCUUGUCCGACAAUGGUGGAUAGAACAGGACAAGAGGACAACAAGUUACAUUGACAAGUUCACCAAGAGGCACGUGAGUCCCCAGCUGUGUCACUCCGAGAUCUCCUCCGUCCAGGCCACCGACGAGGAACUGGAUGGAAUCGAGAUCAAAGCUCGGCCUAAGAUCCGUGAAGUGAUAGCGAAGUACACGAUGUCGGAGGUGAGCGUGGAGGUCGUGAUCUCGCUGCCGGAGAACUACCCUCUAGGGAGCAUCACGGUGGUCAGUGACAAGAAGGUCGGCGUAACCCAGUCACAGUGGGACCGGUGGCUGCUCCAUCUCAACAUCUUCCUCCAGCACCAGAAUGGCAGUAUCAUUGAGGGCUUGAAGCUGUGGAAGAAGAACAUCGACAAGAGGUUUGAGGGUGUGGAUGACUGCAUGAUAUGCUAUUCAGUUCUACAUGGUACCAACUUCCAGUUGCCACGGUUACAGUGCCGCACAUGCAAGAAGAAGUUCCACUCUGCAUGUUUGUACAAGUGGUUUAGCACCAGCCACAACUCAACUUGUCCGUUGUGCCGGAACCUGUUCUAGCCAUCAUGGUGGCCACGUUGCCGAUCUGAUACCUCCGUGCAAGCAGUGUCUUUGCAGUCAAGUCCAGCAUCGGUCAUCAGUGUCCGAGCAGGACUACUGCUGUGUGAAUAUGUAUAUUCUGGUGAAGAUUCUGGUCCAUUUCCUCAAGUUCUCCUGAUGUUGGUGACAGUCAACUGGGAGACUGUUUCUGAUAGUUGGUACAAGAUCAUGAUUCAAGUCGGAGGGACUCAUUCCACAGUGAUGCUUGUUGUCCGGAGUCUGUGUCAGAGUACAGGAGUUGGUCACAGCGGUAAGAUGGCUCUGUGUAAUGAGGGGGCACGGGUGGCCCAGUCGUCUAAGGCGCUGUGAUUCGCUGUGCAGAGUUGCGUCCCUUGGGCUCGCCAGAAACCUAUGAUUGUGGGUUCGAACCCCGGUUCGCCCUGAUUGUUUCUAGGUUUGUCAGCACCAUACCUGUGCUCGUGGGUUUCACCGAAGCAGUAAACAUCUGAGAUUUGCCUCGCUUCAGGCUUUCCUCCCACAUUAAGCUGACACUCCAUGAUUCAACUGGAAUACUGUUAAAAAUGGCGUUAAACCCAACUCACUCACUGUGUAAUGAGGCCCUGCUGUGUGAAGAUGUAGAAGGCAACAUACAAGGAAAUGUCCACAGCCAGUGAUCUUGCUUCAUGUCUGCUUGGAGACUACUUCCGAUCCUUCUUCCAAUAGAUGUGAACAAGACCGAGGCCAAGAUGGAUCUCAACACACGGUCCUCAUGCCUGGUAACUAAUGUGGCCAUCAUCAUACUGAACUUAGUAACCAUGGUAACCCUGGUUGUACAUAUAGUUACAGCAUCAGUUGGGCAUUUUGCCAACAGUAUCCUACUGCUAAUGCUGCUCAAGACAGGAGCUGAAAAUGUCCAUCGCAAACUGGUUGUCAAGAAGGAAGUUUUCAUGUCUGACGACACCAGGAACAGUUUAUGUUAUUACAUUGACGUGUUGAUAUAGGUUUAUGUACCUCAUACAAUCAAUUUCAAUUGUUUAGUUCUGUUAUUUUGUUCAUUUGAUGCCAACGAAUGUGAAACGUACCUCUGUAUGGUCAGAUAUUCUGUGAUAAUUAUUUCUUUGUGAUGUACAGAUGUAUGUAUCCCAGGUAUAUGCGUGUCCCGGGUACAGAUGUAUGUAUCCCGGGUAUGUGGUUUACGUGUACCCAGAUACAGACGUGCGUGUCCCAGGUACAGAUGUAUGAAUCCUGGGUAUGUGGUUUACGUGUGCCUAGGUUUACACUGCAAAUAGCUGGACUUGUUCAAGGUUGUUAAGAUCGUUUCAUAUUGAAAAUAUAUUCUGUUGUUGCUAGCUGUGCCGGACUGCACUAGACUGCACCAGGCCAGGGAGACCCAUACAUCAUGCUCAUACAUCUGUAGUGACCCAGCCCCCUCCCUCUCUGUUACCCAGGCCCCUCCCCCUCUGUUACCCAGGCCCCUCCCCCUGUUACCCAGGCACCCUCCUACUCUGUUACCCAGGCCCCUCCCUCUGCCAUCCAGUCCCCUCCCACAAUAAAGCACAUGUGCACAUAAUUCAUGUUUUGAACAUUGUCCAACUCCUCAGAGGUAUUCAUUUAAGAGUUAAGAAAAGCACAGAAUAAAUAUGAUGAGUAAGAUGCUUAUUGUUUUCGAUGAAUCACAAAACUUCAUCAUCUUGCACCACUUCAUGGUUUGAGUGAAACGAUACAAUAUGUGUCACUAUACAUAGGUCAUGAUACAAUAUGUAUAGCGAUACACAUAUUUAUGUCAAAUCUCGUAGAAACUUUUGGGCUAUAAAUAUUUCAGAGCAGGUUCAAAAGGAAAAGCUAGCCGUAGACACAUUGCAGCUAUCUUUAGUAGUGAACUUGAAAAGCUGUGAAAAGUUAUUUUAGUAUUUUAUUGUAUCAAUAAAGAAAAAAAUGUCAAAUAAAAAGUCAUGAUGCACCAGUACACUGAUGUAUAGUUUCACCCCUAUUGCAGUUUGUUUGGUCCAGACUUUAUAAGCAAAAUUGUAACACACCCAGUACGGGAUAUAGUAUACACAUUGUAAUACACCCAGGUGGAGUGUUACACAUCAUUCACUCUCUGAGACAUUGUCAACACAGCCUCUCUUCGUGUCACAUGCAGGACUAACAUUCAGGCCAGAAGUUGUUUAUGGCCAAGUUAAAUUCUAAACUAAACACAACAUGAAUUGGUUUUAAAUAAAACAGUCAAAGUACAG